UGGAAAUUCCAAAGCAUCUAAUUUCAUAGCUGCUUCUUAUAAUUAAGUACUACUUUUCGUAAUCAUCUGUACAAUCGCAUUUCAGAUUUCUGACUUUGGAUUGUCGAAGAUUGCUGAAGAGUUGGAGGCAAAGAAAGAGGGAGAAGAGAAGGGUGAUCCACCAAUUGAGCAUAUUCCACUACGGUGGAUGGCGCCAGAAACAUUGAAGCGGCCACAGCUAUGGUCAACUAAAAGCGAUGUAUGGAGCUUUGGAGUUGUAUGUGGACAUCUUUUAUAUGAGGUCUUCAACGAUGGCGAGAGACCAUGGCCUAACGACGAACCAAAACGGAUUGCUACCCACAUAAGACAUGGAAGAAUGCCUAACGUGCCUCCUAAGGCUCCUCCUUGUAUUAAAAAGCUGAUCGCUAAAAUCUGGGUUGUGAGCCCCGAGCAGAGACCAACCAUGGAAGACCUAGCAAAGCAGCUGAAGGAGCUCCACAAAGGCGAAUUCAAAAUCAAAGAUACUACUAAAGUCACCCUCAAAAAAGCGGAAAAAAGCAUAGCAACCGAUACAAACAGAAGUCUUGCUGAUUCUGAUUCGCCAAAUAUAACUGGACUUGAUGAUGAACUGGAGCAGCAGCCAAAGAAAGGUCAAUCUAAGCGAAGACCAUCCAGAAAAAGUGCAAUUCGAAAGUGA